AUGGUCCUCGAAACACAGGACAGAGUAAAAGGCGACAGUGGCUCGCCCACGCACCUUAAGGCCAGAGCCACCGCUGCGCCUGCAGUUUCAUCGUCUGCUUCAUCUCUCCAUCUGCCGUCCACAACAUCGCUGCCGCCGCGUGCAUCUGCUGAUGAUGGUCCCAAGCGCAAGUUCCGAAGCUUCCGCUUGCGCGGCCCGUACGAGAAGCCCUGGCUGGCCGAUGCCGCCGUCAACAAGACCAAGUGGAACAACCUCAUAGUCGGCGGCUUGAUCCUCCUGGGCUUCAUCGGCGCCGGCGUCAUCAGCUUCUUCAUGGUCAUGCCGUACAGAAAUCUGCCCUACUGUCUCGUGUACGAGGACCGCUUCGAUACCCUCAACUCGGACAUCUGGUCUCACGAGGUGCAGCUCGAUGGCUUUGGCAUCGGCUCCUUUGACUGGACGACGACGGACCCGAAAAACGCCUACGUCGACGCCCAGGGCCUGCACAUUGUGCCCACGCUGACCAACGAGACGACGCCCAUCACGACGGACCAGCUCUUUGCCAACCAUACCCUCGACCUCCUCCGCGAUGGCAGCUGCACCAGCCGCCGCAACACCUCGUGCAUCGCCCACUCCGACCCGACAGAGGGCAAGAUGAUCCCGCCUGUCCGCUCCGCCCGCCUUUCCACAAAGGGCCGCAAAAACAUCCGCUAUGGCAAGAUCGAGGUCGUUGCUAAGCUGCCGAAGGGUGACUGGAUCUGGCCCGCCAUCUGGAUGAUGCCUGAAGACUCCCUUUACGGCCCCUGGCCUCGCAGCGGCGAAAUCGACAUCAUGGAAUCGCGCGGCAACUCGCGCAACUAUCCCGAGGGCGGCCGAAACUACUAUUACGGCACCUUGCACUGGGGCCCGACCGCCGAGACGAACGCGUACUGGAAAACCACGAAUGCCAAAAAGAUUCGUCGCGGCGACUACUCGUCGGCCUUCCACACCUUUGGCAUCCAGUGGACCCCCCGAUACAUCUACUUCUACAUCGACUCGCGCGUUCGCCAGAUUCAGUUCACUGCCUUCCGCCCGGACCGUCCCCUCUACGACCUCGGCCGCUUCGCCCAGAUGGCCGAGAACCAGACACUGCUCGCCAACCCCUGGGCCACGAGCAACUCCACCACGGGCAACGCCCCCUUUGACCAGAGGUUCUACCUCAUCCUCAGCGUUGCCGUUGGUUCACGGAACGGCUGGUUCUUGGACCAUGUCGGUGGCAAGCCGUGGAUCGACUCUGCCAAAAACGCUCAGUGGACAUUUUGGGACGCUGCCAGGGACUGGCUUCCCACCUGGGGCGAGGGUGACGAGCGCGGCAUGACGGUGCGCUCCGUCAAGAUGUGGCAGCAGGGCGCCUGCGGCCAGACAGAUGAGCUCUAG